UGAGUGUCGAGUGUGGCCGAGCGCGUGCGACGCCAGCGGUGCGCUACACACGGCGCUGACCUGCCUCGCAGCACCACCGUACUGUGCAUCAAUCAAUUCCGAGCGCUCACGGCUCGUGCUGCCGUCACUGCUGCAGCACAAGCACCUAGUGCAGCCAUGCGUCGCAUAACCGCACUGCUCCUGCCGCUGUGCACUGCAUUAGCACCACUACGCCACCGCACCGCCCUAAAAGCGAGCACGCAGCCUUUUGUGUACGACAACGCUGAUACGUUGGCCGACCGCUACGCCGAGUACGAACGAGUCUGCCAGCGAGCCUGCGACGACGACGAAGCGUUCUCACAAUUCAAAGCCCAAGCGGCCUACCAAGACGUCCUAGAACACGUCUCCUAUGAUGUCGGUAGGUGCUACGAGCACCGCCUCAAAAUAGACCACCCGUCACUUUUCGAAGACGAGGGCAUUCGAGAAGCGGUCACGCUAUCGUCAAAACUCGGCUCGCCCUCCACUUACGACUACAAUGAAUGGGGAAAUGUCUCGCCGACGCAGCUGCGGUACGUCUGCGUCAGAGGUGAUAUGGAACAAGUUUGUGGUCCACUGACAGACAAAAAAAUUGUGGAAAUAGGCGGCGGCUACGGCGGCCAGGCCCAGGUCUGUCUGGCCGGGGAGCGAGCCGCUGCCCACUAUCGCGUGCUCGAUCUGAGAGUAGUGCAGCGAUUAUGCAGGAAGUAUAUUCAACGAGCACUCCCACCGGACCGCUCGAAGCGCUUCACGACGGGCAAGCGCUUUCUGAGGGACCACGACUUGUUCCAGGAGAAAUUUGAUGUGUUCCAUUCGAACUUUGCGCUUUCCGAGUUACCUAGAAAGAUCCAGAAACCUUAUGUAAGACUCGGCGUCCCGUCGUGUAGAGACGCCUUCCCGCGGUGCUGCGGCGCCUUCACGCCAUCGACGCGACUCGUCUCCGGGAGAGGAGGUCGUGGGUGGUUUCUUUUCCGAUUUUGGGGCCGUUCGGACCGAGUCGAGCGACCGCCAUGCUCCGCGCAGGUAAGGCUCGCCCAGCGCACGCCCUACGGCUUUGUCACUUGGAACCACGGCGUCCACGCGGAGGCGAUGAACGGCACGGAGUUCGCGUCUUUGAUGGAGAGGCGCGGCCGCGAGGUACUGAUCGCGGCGUCCUGUGGCCUUCCGGCGGCCUUACGCCAUCGACGCGCCAUCGACGCGACUCGCCGAACGCGUUGGGGGCGAGAUCGCGACUCGACAUAUAUCACACACAGGUCUCUGUCGCGGACGAGCUGCCUCUGACGGCGCCGGGGAAUUUGGUCAUCAGCUGGCGGCCGGCCCCUAAACAGAAAAAACGGGCGGCGCUCGCUACAUUAGGUCUGAGGUUGCGCUUCUACGCUCCAUCUCUACUGAGAAUCGCGACGGCAUCAGUACUCCCUCUCGUGCGACGGCUGCCGGUCAAGACCCAGACGGAUGUUUCACAACUGUGGAGCGGCUGCCGCGGCGGGUCGGCGCGGACGGACCUCGCUCUACAAGAUUGGAGAGGGAGCGGACCGCGCCAGCAAGUCGCGACCUAUGAACAACUGGCCUUCGACGCGCGCCAACGCGGGCUAGAUGUGCCUUCAUUCUUGACCUUUGCUCUAUCAGCGUAUCAACAGCAAGGCACGACGAAGCAAGUGCCGUCCUCAGAAGCUGUACAAAAAGCGGUACGGGACGGCAGCCCGCUCCUUUGCGCCGCGUUACAAGAUGUGGAAGGCAACAUGGCCGGCGAGGGCAAGCUCCUCAACAUCUACUGGCUGCUGCGGCGGACGAUCGACCGUAACGUACCGGGCGCGGUUGCGGAGCUCGGUUAUGACCAGUGCAUAAAUUGUCGCGGCGCGUCCUAAUGGCCUCCACGCCAUCGACGCGACGCCAGCUCGACGGUGUGGCGGAGCAUUCGACUCACUGGUUGAUUUGUGCACAGGUUGUAAUAAAGGUGUCACGGCGGCGUUAUUGCAGAGUGUAUUAAGGGCGCACCGGCCGGCGACGCCGUUGCACGUCUACGACUCCUUCGAGGGGCUGCCACAAGGCACGGCCGAGGACCCGCCUGCGUAUCAGACUGCCGGAGCGAUGUGUUGCUCGCCUGAUGAUGUGCGGGACACUUUUCGGAAGCUAGAUCUACCGGAGCCCACAAUACAUAAGGGCUGGUUCGCCUCGAUGCAAGGUGAGGUGCCGUCGCAACUGAGCUUUGCCCACGUCGACGGCGACCUCUACGCGUCGAUCACGGACGCGCUCGAGCUCAUCUACGACAGGUUGGCCCCGGGCGCUAUUUGUGUGGUCGACGACGUGACCUCUCCGGACUUGCCGCGCCACGGCAUCUUUCCGGGGGCCUACGACGCGUGCCGCGACUUCUUGCAAGGCAAGCCCGAGGAACUCCACGUCCUGCCGGCGCCGCACCCGACGAUCGAUGCUAUUGGCGGGAGAGGGGGCUACGAGACGCACGCGUAUUUCCAGAAAAUUUAA